UUCUUUGCUUCCUCUUCUUCUCCCAAACAACCUGUCGAUCGCUGACCGAUCCUCUCUCUCUCUCUCUCUCUUAAACCCUAGCUGCUGCCAACCAGAACCUGCUAGUCAUCAUCAAUCUGAUUUGAUUUGAUCCCCCAUUCCAUUCUUCUUCUUCUUCCUCGCGGCUGCGCCAUCCAUCCAGUAGUCCCACCAAUCCAUGGCUUCAGCGUUCGGGACCGGGACCGCCUCCACUUGCGGCAUCAAGCCUGCACCUACAGGAGUUGCGCUUGCUGCGCCCAAGAUGCACCUUUCCCUCGUCUCGCCCUCGCUGGUUUCGCUUCCGCGCAAGAUGAGGCCCCAGAGGAAGUGCAACUUCAGAGUAAACGCCGCAAAGGAGCUGCACUUCAACAAGGAUGGCUCGGCUAUCAGGAAACUGCAAAAUGGGGUCAACAAGCUUGCAGAUCUCGUUGGGGUUACUCUUGGACCAAAGGGGCGGAAUGUAGUCCUCGAGAGCAAGUAUGGCUCACCUAAGAUUGUCAAUGAUGGUGUCACUGUGGCAAAGGAGGUUGAACUUGAGGACCCUGUCGAAAAUAUUGGUGCUAAAUUGGUCCGCCAAGCUGCUGCUAAAACAAAUGACUUGGCUGGUGACGGGACAACCACUUCGGUCGUCCUUGCUCAAGGGAUGAUCACUGAGGGUGUAAAGGUUGUAGCUGCUGGUGCUAAUCCAGUGCAGAUCACCCGUGGUAUUGAGAAAACAGCCAAAGCGCUAGUCAGCGAACUCCAAAAGAUGUCCAAGGAGGUUGAGGACAGUGAGCUUGCUGAUGUUGCUGCAGUUAGUGCUGGAAAUAACUAUGAAAUUGGGAAUAUGAUAGCUGAGGCCAUGAAAAAAGUUGGGCGGCAGGGAGUGGUCACACUUGAAGAGGGAAAGAGUGCUGAAAAUAACCUCUAUGUUGUAGAGGGAAUGCAGUUUGACCGUGGCUAUAUUUCUCCCUACUUUGUAACUGACAGUGAAAAAAUGACAGUCGAGUACGAGAACUGCAAGCUGCUCCUUGUGGACAAGAAAAUUAACAACGCCAGAGAUCUUAUCACUAUCCUGGAGGAUGCUAUUAGAAGUGGAUAUCCAAUUCUAAUAGUCGCAGAGGAUAUUGAGCAGGAAGCUCUUGCAACCCUUGUGGUUAAUAGGCUUAGAGGUGCAUUGAAGAUUGCUGCUAUCAAGGCCCCUGGUUUUGGAGAGCGCAAGAGUCAAUAUCUUGAUGACAUUGCUACUCUCACUGGAGGCACUGUCAUCAGAGAAGAAGUUGGAUUAUCCUUAGACAAGGCAGACAAUCAGGUCCUAGGAACUGCUGCCAAGGUUGUAGUAACUAAGGAUUCAACAACAAUAGUGGGAGAUGGCACUACACAGGAGGAAGUAAACAAAAGGGUGACACAAAUCAAGAACCAGAUUGAGGCUACUGAACAAGAAUAUGAGAAAGAAAAACUAAACGAGAGGAUAGCUAAACUCUCUGGUGGUGUUGCUGUCAUUCAGGUAGGAGCACAGACAGAAACUGAGCUUAAGGAAAAGAAACUGAGGGUUGAGGAUGCCCUGAAUGCUACAAAGGCAGCAGUUGAAGAAGGUAUUGUUGUCGGUGGUGGCUGUACCCUUCUGAGGCUUUCAUCAAAAGUUGAUGCAAUUAUAGAAACCCUUGAGAAUGAUGAACAGAAGGUUGGGGCUGAAAUUGUAAGGAAGUCCUUGAGCUAUCCACUUAAAUUGAUUGCAAAGAAUGCAGGUGUUAAUGGCAGUGUGGUUACUGAGAAGGUUCUUGCCAAUGAGAACUUCAGGUAUGGGUACAAUGCGGCUACAGGGAAGUACGAGGAUUUGAUGGCUGCUGGUAUCAUUGAUCCCACCAAGGUCGUGAGGUGCUGCUUGGAGCAUGCUGCAUCGGUGGCAAAAACCUUCAUCACCUCUGACGCCGUUGUUGUUGACAUUAAAGUGCCUGAGCAAGCACCUGCUCCUGCAAACCCAAUGGCUGGUGGCUCAGGUUUUGGAUUCUAAAUUGUUUGGAGUUUAGGUUCCCCUUCGUUCCAUCGGCAGCAGGCAGCAGUGCGCAUUGCAGCGACAGAAUCUUACCUUACGAUAGUCUCCAGAUAUAAGUCUGGAUGUUAUUGUUGCAUCGAAUUGUGAAAAUCAAGUGCAAGUAGCCAAGACAGCUGAAAAAUAUUUUUGAUGAGAGAUGCUGCUUUUUUUUCUCCUAUAUUGGUGUUGAAAAUGUUGACACGGUAUCGAUCAGUCACGCAAGUCGCGACAAUAGCAUAUCUGUACUCCUUUUGAAUGUGCUUGGAAGGCAAGCCCGUGACUGCGCAGCAGCCAGUGUUAACUUUUAAGCUAUGCACUUGCCAUCCUUUGGUUGCGAGGCACUGGUAAAGUCUCAAAACCCAAUUUUAAA